AUGCGCCCCCCGCGACCCCUGGCCGCGCUGCUGGCGCCGCUGGCCGCGCUGCUGGCCGCGCCCCCGGCCGCCCUGGCCGAGGCCCCGCACCUGGUGCGCGUGGACGCGGCUCGCGUGCGGGGGCCCCUGCGACCCUUCUGGCGCAGCACCGGCUUCUGCCCCCCACUGCCGCACGACCAGGCCGCCCGCUACGACCUCAGCUGGGACCAGCAGCUCAACCUGGCCUACGUGGGCGCAGUCCCGCACGGAGGCAUCCAACAGGUCCGCACCCACUGGCUGCUCAGCCUGGUCACUGCUAGGCACUCAGCGGGGCAGGGUCUGAGCUACAACUUCACACACCUGGACAGGUACCUGGAUCUGCUCAGAGACAACCAGCUCCUCCCAGGCUUUGAGCUGAUGGGCAGCCCCUCUGGCCGCUUCACGGACUUUGAGGACAAGCAGCAGGUGUUCGGCUGGAAAGCCCUGGUCUCCCUUCUAGCCAACAGAUAUAUAGAUCGGUAUGGGCUGGACCACCUUUCUCGGUGGAACUUUGAGACCUGGAACGAGCCGGACCACCAUGAUUUCGACAAUGUUUCUAUGACCACGCAAGGCUUUCUGAACUACUACGACGCCUGCUCCGAGGGUCUGCGCGCCGCCAGCCCCGCGCUGCGCCUGGGCGGCCCUGCAGACUCGUUCUGGCCGCCGCCGCGCUCCCCGCUGAGCUGGAGCCUCCUGGAACACUGCGCCCGCGGCACCAAUUUCUUCACCGGGGAGCGCGGCGUGCGGCUGGACUUCAUCUCGCUGCAUAAGAAGGGUGCGGGCAGCUCCAUCUUCAUCCUGGAGCAGGAGGCGGCAGCUCUGCAGCGGAUACGGGAACUGUUCCCCGAGUUCUCCCGCACGCCGGUGCACAACGACGAGGCUGACCCGCUGGUGGGUUGGGCGCUGCCGCGCGCCUGGAGGGCCGACGUGACCUACGCCGCCAUGGUGGUGAAGGUCAUCGCACAGCAUCAGAACCUACUGGUAGCCAACGCCAGCUCCGCCGUUCACUAUGCGCUGCUGAGCAACGACAACGCCUUCCUGAGCUACCACCCGCAUCCCUUCACGCAGCGCACACUGACCGCGCGUUUCCAGGUCAACAACACGCACCCGCCGCACGUGCAACUGCUGCGCAAGCCGGUGCUGACCGCCAUGGGGUUGCUGGCUCUGCUGGAUGGAGAGCAGCUCUGGGCUGAGGUGUCUCGGGCUGGCACCGUGCUGGACAGUAACCACACUCUGGGGGUCCUGGCCAGUGUCCACCGCCCCGAGGGCCCUGGUGACGGAUGGCGCGCCACCCUGCUGGUCUAUGCCAGCGAUGACACCCGCGCCCACACCAACCGAAGUGUCCCGGUGACCCUGCGCCUUCGCGGGGUGCCCCCCAGCCAGGGGCUGGUCUAUGUUACGCACUACCUGGAUAACCGACUCUGCAGUCCCCACGGCGAGUGGCAGCGACUCGGCAGCCCCGUCUUCCCCACACCAGAGCAGUUCCGGCGCAUACGCGCAGCUGAGGACCCGGUGGUGACAGCACCGCGUACUCUCCCUGUGGAGGGCCGCCUGACACUGCACCGCGAGCUCCCGUUGCCCUCACUGCUGCUGGUGCACCUGUGCACACCUUCGCGGGACCUGCCCGGCCAGGUAACCCGGCUUCGUGUUCUGCCCCUGACCCAAGGUCAGUUGGCUCUGGUCUGGUCUGAUGAAGGAGUGGGCUCCAAGUGCCUGUGGACUUACGAGGUGCAGUUCUCCGCAGAGGGGAAGGCCUACACCCCGGUCAGCAGGGCGCCGUCCACCUUCAACCUCUUUGUGUUCAGCCCAGUCACAGGUGUCAUCUCCGGCUCCUACCGAGUCCGAGCAGUGGACUACUGGCAGCGGACAGGCCCUUUCUCUGACCCCGUCCGGUACUGCGAGGUCCCUCUUGGCGAGGGCCCAGCAGCUGAUGACCUGUGAGCCGGUGCUGCCCUCCGGACCAGGCAGCCUGAGCUGGGGCCACCCUGUGACCAGCUGGCCAUCAGCCAUUCGUCCCCUCCCCACCCCUUAAAGUGCCAUCACAUGGCCAGUCUCAGGUCAGCUUUGGUGCCUGGCUCUAGCUAAACCUGCCAGAAGGCUGAGGGUGGUUUGCGUCCCCAUGGAGCCCGGCCUGACCUCCUCCCCUGCCCCCCAGCAGGCUCUAUCAGCUGACUAUUGGCUCGCCCAGGCUUCCUGACUGUGUACUUGGAGUCAGAGCAGAGCUGGACCCCCGCCCUGGGUCCAAAUGGAGGGAGGGGGAACAGGGGCCCUGAGUGGUAAGAGGCCACAUUCAGGUGUCCCUGGCCAUGGAGUGGGGAGCCAGAGUGUGCAGCAGGGGACCCCAGGUGGUGGGAACCCACAGGAGAGACCCAGAUGAAGCGCCCGGCUCCAACUGGGCCCAGCCCUGGCUGCCGUAGCCAACUGGGCAGUGAACUUAGGACAGAUGUUCAUCUCUCUCUACCUUCCAAGUAAAUAAAUCUACAGAACCAAUAA